UCUUAGUCAGAUAUAUUUUUGACAAAAAUGUAUAUAAAUUUAUUAGGACAACCAAAUAUAUCAAUAGUCUAAACUUAAAAUAGAGUCUAUUCACAAAUGAAAAGACUCAAUAUCGUACUCGAAUUGUGGUCAUUCCCGGAUUUGCUACACGUCCUUACACUAUAAAUCCAUUGGCAAGUGCAUCAAAUGAAAGCAUCAAUCCAUCUUGUCUUGUACACUCCAUAAUUCAUACCAAGCAUCCCAUAUAACCAUUUUUUCCCUCCGAGUUCCCCAAAUGGAGAUGAACAACCACAACACAAACAUUGUCAUCAAGAAAACAAGGGGGAGGCAAAAGAUCCAAAUGAAAAUGAUUGAAAAGGAAACCGAUAGGAUGGUCACCUUCUCAAAGCGUCGGGCAGGAAUCUAUAAGAAGUUAAGUGAGUUUGUCACCUUGACAGGCAGUGAGGUAGGAUUUUUGGUAUUUUCUGUUGCAGGAAAACCCUUCAGUUAUGGUGAUCCUUCCUUUGAGGACAUUGCACUUCGAUACCUAGGCCACCUACAUGAGCCCCAAAUACCUCUCAAUCAAGGGAUGUACAGGCAGGCUAGGAUCCAAGAGCUACUAUGUACCCACAAGAACCUACGCGAAUUGAUGGAAGAGGAAGAGAAGAAAAAGAAAAAUUUGAGGGGAAAGCUCGAGAGAAAGCCAAUGAAUAACUGGUGGAAAAAAGGGGUUGGUGAGGUGGAGGUGGAAGAGCUUUCGGAUCUUGAGGCUGCCUACUCGGAUGUGUUGAUGAAGGUGGAGAAUAGGAGGAUGGAAGUAAUUGGCCUUACCAAUAACAUCAAUACUAAUGGUAUUGUUGGUGCUUCCUCCUCUACCGGUUUCGCACCUUCUUAAGAUCAAUUUAUGAGCAUGAGAUUGACAUUUGCACAAUUGUCUUAAUUUUUAAUUAGUGUCAUUGAUUUUCUAGUGAUUUAGGUGCAACACAUCUAUGUUCUUUUUCAUAGUCACAUUAAUAUUUAGUUUCAUUGAAAAAGUUAUGCAAAGUUGAUAAAAUGUUUCUUAGGUAAGUGAGUUUGGCUUCUUGUUUAAAAUCCAGUACUAAUUGUCCAAUAAACAAUCGUGAGGAAUAAUGAUCUAUCUCCUCUAAAAAUUUGAAGGUAAAAGUUCAAGUACUUUCAUAUUGUUCUACAAAAUGAAGGGAUACGAUAAAC